UUCCUCCCGCAGACGAUGCUGACGGCCAUCUCCAUGAGUGCCAUUGCCACCAACGGCGUGGUGCCAGCUGGCGGCUCCUACUACAUGAUCUCGCGCUCGCUGGGGCCCGAGUUCGGCGGGGCCGUGGGGCUCUGCUUCUACCUGGGCACCACCUUCGCCGGCGCCAUGUACAUCCUGGGCACCAUUGAGAUACUCCUGGCCUACAUCUUCCCAGCUAUGGCCAUCUUCAAGGCGGAGGACGCCAGCGGCGAGGCGGCGGCGAUGCUCAACAACAUGCGCGUGUACGGCACCUGCGUGCUCACCUGCAUGGCCACCGUGGUGUUCGUGGGGGUCAAGUACGUCAACAAGUUCGCCCUGGUCUUCCUGGGCUGCGUCAUCCUCUCCAUCCUGGCCAUCUAUGCCGGUGUCAUCAAGUCGGCCUUCGACCCGCCGAGCUUCCCGAUCUGCCUGCUGGGCAACAGGACCCUGUCACGCCACGGCUUUGACCUCUGCACCAAGCUGGUGGUGGAGGGCAACGAGACGGUGGGCUCCAAGCUCUGGGAGCUCUUCUGCACUUCCCGCUUCCUCAACGCCACCUGUGAUGAGUACUUCAGCAUGAACAACGUCACUGAGAUCGAGGGCAUCCCCGGCGCCGCCAGCGGCCUCAUCCAAGGGAGCAGGACACGAGGGGCCCGGCAGCUCCGAUGCCCGGAUGCGCGGCGGGGUCGGGGCUCAGCCCACUGUCAGUGGCCCCGUGGCAGCUCCCGCUUCUCUGCAGGGAUCAUGGCUGGCUCCAACCGCUCAGGAGACCUGCGGGAUGCACAGAAGUCCAUCCCCACUGGCACCAUCCUGGCCAUCGCCACCACCUCGGCUGUCUACAUCAGCUCCGUUGUGCUCUUCGGGGCCUGCAUCGAGGGCGUCGUCCUGCGUGACAAGGCGGAGAAGGAGUGGGGCGACGGGAUCCGGGGGCUCUCGCUGAGCGCUGCCAGCUACGCGCUGCUGCGCCUGGAGGAGGGGCCCCCCCACACCAAGAACUGGAGGCCGCAGCUGCUGGUGCUGGUGCGUCCAGACCAGGAGCAGAACGUGGUGCACCCGCAGCUCCUGUCCUUCACCUCGCAGCUCAAGGCUGGCAAAGGCCUCACCAUUGUGGCCUCCGUGCUGGAAGGGACCUUCCUGGACAACCACCCGCAGGCGCAGCGGGCCGAGGAGUCCAUCCGCCGGCUGAUGGAGGCGGAGAAGGUGAAGGGCUUCUGCCAGGUGGUGAUCUCCUCCAACCUGCGCGACGGCAUGUCCCACCUCAUCCAGUCCAGCGGGCUGGGCGGGCUGCAGCACAACACGGUGCUGGUGGGCUGGCCCCGCAGCUGGCGCCAGAAGGAGGACCACCAGACCUGGAGGAACUUCAUCGAGCUGGUGCGGGAGACCACGGCCGGGCACCUGGCCCUGCUGGUGGCCAAGAACGUCGCCAUGUUCCCGGGCAACCAGGAGCGCUUCUCCGAGGGCCACAUCGACGUCUGGUGGAUCGUCCAUGACGGGGGGAUGCUCAUGCUGCUGCCCUUCCUCCUGCGGCACCACAAGGUCUGGCGCAAGUGCAAGAUGCGCAUCUUCACAGUGGCGCAGAUGGACGACAACAGCAUCCAGAUGAAGAAGGACCUGACGACCUUCCUGUACCACCUGCGCAUCACCGCAGAGGUGGAGGUGGUGGAGAUGCAUGAGAGCGACAUCUCUGCCUACACCUAUGAGAAGACCCUGGUGAUGGAGCAGCGCUCCCAGAUCCUCAAGCAAAUGCACCUCACCAAGAACGAGCGGGAGCGGGAGAUCCAGAGCAUCACAGACGAGUCCCGAGGCUCCAUCCGUCGCAAGAACCCGGCCAACACGCGCCUGCGUCUCAGCGUCCCCGAGGAGCAGGUCGGCGAUGGCGAGGAGAAGCCAGAGGAGGAGGUCCAGCUCAUCCACGACAAAAACGCCACCACCUUCUCCAGCAGCUCCCAGUCCCCGGGCGACGAGGGCGAGACGGCCCCGGAGAAGGUGCAUCUCACCUGGACCAAGGAGAAGACGGUUGCUGAGAAGAACAAGAGCAAGAGCCCCGUCAGCCCCGAGGGCAUCAAGGACUUCUUCAACAUGAAGCCAGAGUGGGAAAACCUGAACCAGUCCAAUGUGCGGAGGAUGCACACGGCCGUGAAGCUCAAUGAGGUGAUCGUGAAGAAGUCCCAGGACGCCAAGCUGGUCCUGCUCAACAUGCCGGGGCCGCCCCGCAACCGCAAGGGCGAUGAGAACUGUAUCCUUCCCUUGCCAUGGGACCCUGGGGGGACUGGGCACCUCAGAGGCCCGGGGCAGCUUGCAGACACCGCUUGGACCUCUGCACCAGCGGCUGCAGCUGCACGGGCUGGCCAAGGCGCCGCGGUGCUGGGGUUACGUGCGGCGGCGCUGGGGCCACGUGCAGUGUGCGAUGGGAUGGUACUGGGGCCACGUGUGGCCACGCUGGGCCACAUGCAAUGGUGCUGGGGCCAUGUGCGAUGA